GACAACAAUACACCACACCCUUCUCCCAGCACCACUUGACCUUAAUUCUCAACCAUGGCCGCUGCAACUCCCACCCUCAAAUUGGACCAAAAGUAUGACGAUUAUGACUUCCCAUACAUCUCAGAAAAAGCUCAACCUGGUCAUGCUGGAUACACAACUGCAGAACAAGAUGCUCAAGUCGCCCAAUUACGCAUGAAGCUCGAGGGUGCUGGAUAUACUGAGCGUCUCGACACCUUAACUCUCGUUAGUCUGCCUCUUUCCUAGCUACCAAAAAACCUCAACUUUUGCUAAUCUGGCGGUGAAGCUUCGAUUUCUGAGAGCCCGGAAGUUCGAUGUGGACCUCUCCGAGAAGAUGUACGUUGCCCCACUCACCCUUCCUACCAAAAAUAUAUGCUGAACAUUGCAAAGGUUCCUCGAUUGCGAGACAUGGCGAAAGGAAUUUGGCGGCGGUUUAGACGAUCUUGUCCGAACCUUCGAUUACAAGGAGAAGCCCCAGGUGUUCGAGUACUACCCACAAUAUUACCACAAGACGGACAAGGUAUGUUGAGAGACCGCCCGUGGCUCAAAAGGUCGUACUGAUAAGGAGAUAGGAUGGGCGGCCCGUAUACAUUGAGCAGAUGGGCAAAAUCGACUUGGCUGCCAUGUACAAAAUUACCACCUCCGACCGAAUGCUGCAAAACCUCGCUGUCGAGUACGAAAAGAUUGCCGAUCCAAGACUCCCAGCAUGCUCCCGAAAAUCUGGUCACCUUGUCGAGACUUGCUGCACAAUCAUGGACUUGAAGGGCGUAGGAAUUAGCAAAGUCAGCUCCGUUUACUCCUAUGUCAAGCUGGCCUCCAACAUGUCACAAAACUACUAUCCCGAGAGACUUGGAAAGCUCUACAUGAUCAAUGCACCAUGGGGAUUCUCCGGCGUCUUUGGUAUGAUCAAGGGCUGGUUGGAUCCUAUCACUGUUGAGAAGAUUCACAUUUUGGGCACCGGCUAUCAGAAAGAGCUCCUCGCACAAAUUCCAGCUGAGAAUCUGCCCAAGGCUUUUGGUGGAUCUUGCGAGUGCUCGGGCGAGGGUGGGUGUAUGAUGAGCGAUGAGGGACCAUGGACCAACCCUGAGUGGUCCAGACCUCCAAAGUGGCAAUCAGCACCUGCAAAGAAGGCUGACGUUAUUGACAACACGAAUGUUAACGCAGCAACUACCACUCCUGCUGCACCAGUUGCGGCUCCUGUUCCAGCUGCCCAAGCACCUGCUCAAGAUGAUGAAAUCAAGGCUGCCCCUGCACUAAUUUAGAUGAUUGAUGAGAGAUGAUGGAGAGCAAAUUUCUCGGAGCUAGUCGCAAAGACACAAAAACGGGAUUGAUUUCAAUUGGGUGGAAGGAGGGAUAGUUGGAGGUGGCUAGUCUGAUGUGUGUUUAUUUCUGGAACGAGCUUCUGAGGAGUUGUCCUUUUAUUUUGACACAGUCAGCCGCGUCCAGCGAGAUCAUUUCCGGAGGUGGUUUCUUCUUUCUGCAUUACUAUUACCAAACUAGAUUACAGAAUUAGUUACUACCUUUUUGUCCAGGGGACGAGUUUCUAAUUAAGUUUGACUCUCAGA